AUUCCGUGUUGCAAGUUUCGAACCUGAAAUAAGUGUCAGUUUUAUCUCCAUUAAAUGGGCCUCACAGCUGGAAGGCAAUGAUAUGGUCAUAAAGAGAAGUCGAGGGUUAGAAAAGUUAAAAAUAGUGAUAAAAAUAGGAAAAUAUUUAAAUAAAGAUUUGGUUUUGGAAUUUUUUUCAUUUUAUUACGAGAAACGGUCGAAGAAGUUUGGUUGAAAAUAAAAAAAUUGAAAAAAAAAAAGAGAAAAAAAUGACCCACGAUUCCAAAACGUUUUUAGUUAUUGGCCUCAUAGCGGCAUUGGCUUGUACGGCCACCACCAAAUCACAUGGCAUUUUGGAUUACGAUGAAGAUUCCUAUCAUAGCGAUGUGUUUGAGAGGCAUACCCACAUGGCCAGAAAUAUGCCUUCGGAUUUGGCCCAAAAUAAAAUCACACCUCCGGCCGAAAAGGACUCACAAUUUUGGAUAAAAAAUGCCCAAAGGGCCGUAAAGCAGAGGGCGGCUCUGCGCCUCAAGAACAAAAAGGCCAAGAAUGUGAUUUUCUUUUUGGGUGAUGGCAUGUCCGUGGGUACUCUGACGGCAGCACGUAUACUCAAGGGUCAGCGCCAGGGUCGUACCGGGGAGGAAUCGGUGUUGACCAUGGAACAAUUUCCCUUUGCGGGAUUGAGUAAGACCUAUUGUACAAAUGGCCAGACAGCCGAUUCAGCCUGUUCUGCUACAGCCUAUUUGACCGGAGUCAAGACAAAUCUCCUAAUGAUUGGCGUAAAUGGCCAUGUUACCUUCAACAAUUGUUCGCUGAGCUCAAAUCCCGAGUAUCACACGGAAUCUAUUGCCCAAUGGGCCCAGCGGGCGGGAAAAUCAACGGGCAUUGUUACCACAACCACAGUGACCCAUGCCAGUCCUUCCGGAAAUUAUGCCCAUGUGGCCAAUCGCAAUUGGGAAAGUGAUUAUGAUAUUGUCAAAUCCAAGGCCUAUACACAUGGUGAGCCGUGUGCGGAUAUUGCCAAACAAUUGGUGCAACAGGAACCGGGUAAGAACUUCGAUGUCAUAAUGGGUGGUGGAUUUAAGAAAUUCAUACCCCACACCCAGCAUGAUGUGUUUGGGGUGCAAGGUGAGCGUAGAGAUGGGUUAAAUCUGGUUGAAGAAUGGUUGGGCCGUAAUGCCCAUGGCAAACUUGUCACGAAUCUGAAAGAGCUGCAGGCGAUCGAUUGUCAUGAAACCUCCAAGCUUUUGGGACUAUUUCAUUCAUCUCACAUGGAAUACAAUGCCAAGGCUCAAAUGAACAAACCUCUGCAGCCGCGUCUGAAGGAUAUGACCGAAGCGGCCAUAAAAAUGUUGGAGAAAAACGAUCAGGGCUAUUAUCUUUUCAUUGAGGGUGGACGCAUCGAUCAUGGUCAUCAUAAUACCAUUGCCGGUUAUGCGUUGGAUGAAACGUUGGAAUUUGAUGAGGCCAUACGUCGAGCCUUGGAACUGACAAGUGAAGAGGAAACCCUAAUUGUGGUAACAGCUGAUCACUCCCACACCAUGUCAAUGUCGGGUUAUCCUGGUCGCGGCAAUCCCAUAUUGGGUUUAAAUCAAUAUAAUCGUGAUCUGGAGGGUAUACCGUAUAGUGUGUUGAACUAUGCUCUAGGGCCGCAGCAGUAUCAGGAUGAGAAUGGCAAACGUUUGGAUUUGUCGACACAAAAAUAUGAUGACUAUUUGGUGAAGCCAAGCUAUAUCCACACAAAAAUGGGUGCACAUGCUGGCGAAGAUGUUGCCAUAUUUGCCCGAGGACCACAAGCCCAUUUAUUUUCCGGUACAAUGGAACAGAAUGUCCUGCCACAUUUGAUGGCCUAUGCCGCCUGCAUUGGUCAUGGAAAGCAAUUUUGUCAUGAAUAAAAUGUGUGUUUAACUAUUCUA